AUGCGUUUCUCUGCUGCAUUUUUCCUUGGGCUAGUCUCGGUGACAGCCGCGUUCCCGAACCCAUAUCCCGAUGAAGCAACAGAAAUCCCACCUACCAAGGAGUCCUUUGGCAAGCGAGAUGGCGAAUUCAGCUAUUUAAUCAGUGGAGCUGAUGUGAAAGCUUCCCAGAAAUACGGUGGCCAUCUUGUCAACUAUAAAUUGCGUGCUAAUGCGGUUGACCCCAGUAGACUUGGCGUUGACACGGUCAAGCAGUACACUGGAUAUCUCGAUGACAACUCCACGGACAAGCAUCUCUUCUAUUCUAAUUCUCAUUUUACUGAAGGGUUCUUUGAAUCUCGCAACGACCCCAAGAAGGACCCUGUUAUUCUAUGGCUUACCGGAGGGCCUGGCUGUUCUUCCAUGUCUGGACUCUUCAUGGAGCUUGGUCCCUCUCACAUUGACAAGAAUGGCAGCCUUGUCCGAAACGAAUACUCCUGGAACAAUAAUGCCUCUGUUAUCUUCUUAGAUCAGCCCGUUAACACCGGCUUCUCCUACAGCAACGUUCCCGUCGACACCACAGCUGCUGCUGCUAAAGAUGUCUACGCCCUGAUGACCCUGUUUUUUGAGCAAUUUCCCGAAUAUUCUGAACAGGAUUUCCAUAUUUCCGGCGAAUCCUAUGCCGGUCAUUAUAUCCCAGUCUUUGCCUCUGAAAUUCUCUCCCACCCUGCUCGUAACAUCAACCUCAAAAGCAUCUUGAUUGGCAACGGCCUCACCGAUCCCUACACCCAGUAUGCCUAUUACGAGCCCAUGGGCUGCGGAGGUGGAGGAUAUAAGCCUGUCCUCAGUAAUUAUACUUGCCAAACUAUGGAACAUGCACUCCCCAAAUGCCAGGCCGCGAUCAAGGCCUGCUAUAACGGAGAAGAUGCCGCGUGUGUCAACGCGGGCGACCGUUGCAAUUACCCCUUACUUGGUGCCUUUGCGUCAACAGGCCUCAACAUUUACGACAUACGGAAAAAGUGUGUUGGAGGUGAUCUAUGCUAUGAAGAGAUGAACUGGAUUCAAGACUGGCUGAAUAGAAAGGAUGUUAUGGAAGCCCUUGGCGUCGAAGUUGCCAACUUCAAGACCUGCAACGACCACGUCAACGCUGCCUUCCAACAGGCCGGUGACUGGUUUCUUCCCAUCCAGAAACACGUUCCGAGACUCUUGGAAAAGAUCCCGGUUCUCAUCUAUGCAGGCGACGUCGAUUUCAUCUGCAAUUGGCUGGGCAACGAAGCCUGGACAAAGGCUCUGCCGUGGCCGGGCCAAACCGACUUCAACGAUGCCAGCAUGGUCGAGUUGACAGCCUCUUCUGGAAAGGCCUAUGGGAGCUUGAGGCACGUGCGGGGAUUUGCAUUUCUACGAGUCUACAAGGCAGGGCACAUGGUUCCAUAUGACCAGCCUGAAGGUGCUCUUGACUUUGUCAACAGAUGGGUAGGGGGCGAGUGGACCGACUGA